GCAUUCACAUAGCGAAGGCGCGUUAAGCAGAAGAAUUACGAAACGUUCAAGUACGUGAAAAGAUUCAAUUUGUCAGGGUAUACUUUCAUAAAUCAGUAUCGUAAGGUACCGGAAGAACCGAAUAAUCCAAUAAGUCCAAUUUGAUAGAAAGAGCAAGCUUCGCCUUCUAUGCCAGUGUGUGUAAAGGCAGCUUUGAUAGACAAUUGAGACGAGAUAAAAGAUCGACUCGAAAGUUCUCUAUUUAACAUUGGCAGCACAACCGAAACGGUUCAUUUUCAUUUGUGCAUUUAGGCUGAGCACAUAAAUUGAUUGCAUUGAUUAAUUAACUGAAAGUGAUAUAUUUGUUCUGUGAUUUUGUGUAAAGACAUCAACAACAACAACAGCAACCACAACAACAGCAGCAACCGAAGAACAAACAUGGUGAAAUUAAUUGCGAGUAUUUGCCUACUGGUCGUUCUGGCUGUGGUCAACCAGGCCCAGGCUGAUAACCUACAAUCGCCCACAGCUAAACAGUCCAGUGUUGUGCAGGACUUGAAAAAUCGAAAGUCGCAAACGCAAGAUCUCAAGCAAGAUUUUCUUAACUGCAACAUCAAGUCGAAUGCUGUUUUCAGGGGAUGGCCCGACAUGAAGGAGCCAUGUAUUAAGAGCAUGCGCGACCAGAUUCAGAAGGAGAUUGAAGCCUCCACCCAGUAUCUGGCCAUGGCUGCCUACUUUUCAACCGACACCGUCAAUCGUCCUGGCUUCGCCGAGCACUUCUUCAAGGCAGCCAGGGAGGAGCGCGAGCAUGGCUCCAAGCUGGUAGAGUACCUGUCGAUGCGUGGCCAGUUGACCGACACCGUUAACAACCUGAUCAAAGUACCGUCUGUUAAGGUGACCAACUGGACUGGUCUGUCGGCUCUGGAGGAUGCUUUCAAGCUAGAAACCGAGGUGACCAAGUCUAUUCGCGAGCUGAUCAAGACCUGUGAGGGUACUUCCAAGAAGGCUGAUGAUAACGAUUAUCAUUUGGUCGACUAUCUGACUGGCGUCUAUCUGGAGGAGCAGCUGACUGGCCAGCGCGAUCUGGCUGGCAAGAUCACCACACUGGAGAAGAUGAUGUCCUCCCAUGGCCAAUUGGGCGAGUUCCUGUUCGACAAGAACUUGUAAGGUGUCACGCUCUGGGAAACACCAAUAUCAACUCAUUGUCUAGCAUGCUAUUCAUAGUUUUUACUGUGCUCUUAAAAAACUCUUAUUUAAAAUUAACUGUAACUAGCCGCUGCAAAAAAAAACUCACAAUCCCCACAAGUAUUUUGUUAUCUUCACAAGUUUUUGCCAAAUUUAGUUUAUAAUUAAAUCACACUCAAACAUUAAAAGCUCUUCUUUUUUGUUUCAUACAAAUAUUGGCCAAAUAAAUACAACGUUCUGUUUGAUGUCAAUUUCAUUCCAAGGCACAGUCAAAUCCACAAGUUCUUUUCUUAUCAAUCCCAGCCCGCUGGCCACUCCAGCUAAAGGGCUUUAGAUAAAGCAGCGUCAUAAAUUAAUCAGUGCGUCUAAAAAACAACAGACAGACUAAAUUGUGAUUUAUUUACAAUAUGCUAUGUAUAACUAUUUCGUUAUCGCGCACGAGUACACGUGCUCUAAAGUUCAUGUUUUAGUUCUUUCGCGAUUUGUUAACAAUUCAUUUGAAAUUGAAAAAUCCAUCUACAUAAGGCAUACAUUUAGAUAUAAACAAGUACAAUAUAUACAUAUAAAUAUUUUUCUGUCAAUUAGUCAAUAGAGCUAUUAACUUAAUAAACAUUACGAUCAAACUAAA